AUGGCUUCUAAUUCACAAACAAGCUCUCAAGUGAAAGAAAAAGCAAAAGGAAACUAUUUCACUUGGACUCCCGAGCUGGAGAAGGUUCUUGGGACAUGUCUUAUAGAUCAAAUGGCUCAAGGAAACAAAUGUGAUAGGAAAUUGGCUUGGAAGUCCUCCUCAUGGACAGCAGCUAUAAAGGCACUUUAUGUUCAUCAGAAAACAUGGGCAAAGCACCAUGAGAUCUUGUAUCCGUUAUUGGUCUCUAGCAAUUCCGACUCUCCAAUCACAUGGGACUACGUAAAGGGCAGAAUUGCAAUCCACGAUGAAAAUGUUUGGAAUGAGCGACUGCAGGCCAACCCCCAACUUGCUCCUUAUAGGAACAAAAUUGUGAUUGAAAAUUGGAAUGAUAUUUGUGCAAUUUUCUCGCAAGACCGUGCCGAUGGCCAAGGGGCAGCAACUUUUGAGGAGAAUAAUGCUGAGAAUGAGGUUAACUCUUUUAACAUAGGAGAUCCAUCUGAAGAGAUUCAUAAUCAAUCCGAAGCUAUGAGACUUUUGUUGGCCCGACAAAAGCGAAAGGAAGGCACAUCUUCUGCUUGUUCUCAAGGCUCGAGAAAAAAACCAACAUCAAUGCAAGCUCCUGAUUAUAUGACGCAAAUGGCUCCUGAGUUUAGUGAUUACAUCUUGGGGGAAAGAAAAAAGACUAAACUUGUGAUAGCACAAAAAACAAAGAUCACCCCUCAACAAAUUUUGUCAGAAUUGAAGGAAAUUGAUUUGGAUAACAUGCAGAAAAUCAAGGCUGUGGAUAUGAUGAUACUCAAUCGAGUUAUGUUUGAUACAUUUGUGGGAUUCCUAGUUGAGUUGAAAUACAAAUGGCUUAUGGCCAAACUUGACAAAGAAAACUGA